AUGAAAAGUAAUGAGUAUGGCUGCACCUUUGAUAUUCAUUUUGAAGCCCGUUUGGAUCCAGGAUACCCGAAGGAUCUCAGAGUUGAACUUACCAUUUGUAAUUCUCUGAAAUCAAGUAAGCUCGAGGCCAAAACAAGAGCAGCUAUUUACAAUCUGGCGAACUCUCAACUUGAUGGUCUGGCUCCAAAGGUACUUGAGUAUGGUUUUGGUAUUCCUACUGCUAAAGUGGAUGGGGAAUUGGAUUACGUGGUGAUGGAGUUCAUUACGGAAGCUACGUGUCUCGACACAUUCUGGGAAGAUCACCAUCAGGAUAAUCAACGAGAAUUGGUAGACUCGAUUGCCCGCGUCGUGGAGAAACUUCAAAAGUUAGACCCACAAACCCUCAUCGAAAGUCUAGCAGGAACUUAUUUUGUUUCCCCCGAAUAA